CCAAUGAGCCCCAAGGUAGAUCAUCGCUUUCGUGCCGUACGCGUUUGAUGUUGUGUGUACGGAAAUGCCGUCUUCUGCUGAAAGGAGUAGAUCUUUUAAAAGCGUUUAUGACUAUGGGGGAGACGUGUUCGUAAGUGAACCUUAAAUCAGCGACUCUGAGGGCCCUAUCGAUUGUAGCAGUAGAUGAGGAUAUUAACUGCUAGCCAGAGGACGUAAAUAGUAAAAUCCAGUCAUUCUACCUAGGCAGCUAAAUAUCUUCUUAUUAGUCGAUCAUAGCUAACUACCGAAAAUUGUUAACGAUUUCAGGUGGGUUCCCGUGCACAAUAAUAUAUAGUGUACUAAAAUAAACAUCCUAAGAGGCGAUAUUUUGGAAUGCAUUGCUCUAAAAAAUGCUCCGUGUUUAAAGUGGUGCUCAGUGCUCUGCUGAUUGUAGCGCUCCUGCAGUUAAUCUACCUGUCCUUCCUAUCAAAGCUGCACGGCAGACAGCAGCGCUACAGGUAUACGGAGUUAUUUGGCAAGAGAAAUGCGUACCAGGGAGAGAAAAACACAAGGAAAGAGCGUCUCAAGUACUCUUUGUCCUCUGGGGGCAUUUUUGAUAACAGUGGACAGUAUCGCAUAUAUAAGAACUUAAUCAAAAGUGACUAUUCGACGAAUCAGAAGUCCGUUGUUGAUGCCAGGUCAAAUCGGAUAGCGCUGGCCACGCACACGUCCAUCAACAACCUCCAUCACCUAGACUCACUGCUAGAACGCUGGCAAAAUCCUCUCUCAGUCGCGAUAUUCGUGCACGGGCAAGAUGUUAAGUUUGCCACUGCACUCGUCUAUGCCCUUAGCAUUUUUUGUCCAAAUAUACAAGAGCUGGUGGACUUCCACCUCGUGUGCCACUCUGGAGAAACAGCCAGUUUCCCAGAAAAGGACAGAGAGCAGUUUGCUGGGUUGGAAGAGUGCAGAGGAGUAUUUGCCAAACUUGAGUCACACAGGAACAAAUACCAGAACUAUGCUAUCGGUGGCAACAUCUCGUAUCCCAACAAUCUGCUACGCAACGUAGCGCGAGGGGGUACAGAAGCUGCUUACAUCCUGGUUAUUGAUAUAGACAUGGUGCCCAGUGCUGACCUCCAUCAGCAGUUUGCCGGCAUGCUGGAUAGACGUGAACCUGUGCCUGAUGAGGUCUUCGUCCUGCCGGCUUUCGAGAUUCGGCACCCCCGCAAGAUCCCCGCCUCCAAAUCGGAAUUAGUACAGCUGUACCAGGUGGGUGAGGUGCGGCCCUUCUACGAAGAGCUAUGCCCCCGGUGCCAGGCCCCCACCAACUACUCCCUGUGGGUAAACCUGAACGGGCCUGUGCCAGGGCAGUUAGAUGUGGCCUACACCCUCAACUGGGUGGACCCUUGGGAACCUUUCUACGUUGGACCACGUGCUGUGCCUCUGUAUGACGAGAGCUUUCGGCAGUAUGGCUUCAACCGCAUCAGUCAGGCCUGUGAGCUCCAUGUGGCUGGUUACAAGUUCUCAGUGCUCAGCUCUGCUUUCUUGGUGCACCGUGGCUUCAAGGUGAUGGGCGACUUCCACAAGCGCAAGGACGAGGAGAACCGGCGCAACCGCCUGCUGUUCCGAAGCUUUAAGGAGGGGCUCAAGACCAAAUACCCAGCCUCCAACCGCCGCUGCUGAUGGCCCCUUUAAGCAUUUCAGACAUUCCGGCAGCUGGCUUUCCUAUAGAGUCCCAUCAAACUGAACCGCUCGGUGGGGUCUGUACAUUUUGGUGACUUAACCAUCAUCAGCCAGGUCCUGCUUACGAUAACAAGGUCAACCAUCAUCAGCCAGGUCCUGCUUACAAUAACAUGGUCUCAUGCAAUCUUCACAUGUAGACAAUAUGUACAAAAGGCUGGGUAAAUGCUCUGGAUAAAGCCUGAGAGUUAAACUCUUGUGAACUGUGCUCAUUCCAGGUGAAUCCGUGAACACUAAUAUUACUGCUGUUUAACAAAUUUUAUAGUUUGUUUUUGUGUAGUGAUGUGUGCUUAUUUUAGUAAUAUAUGCUGUUCUGAUGGGUCCUCUGCACCUGUGCCUGUUUUAGUAGGCAUAGUCUCUCACCUACUACUUGCUGUACAUGGCCCUUGAAUGUUGUUGUUCAGUGGUCAUGUAGAGACCCAAGUGCAUCAGUUCUGUAGAAACCUCACUCUCAGAUUGUAAACACUGUUGUAAAGGACUGGGUAUCUCGGUGCCUAUAUACAGAGAUAGGUAGUGCCCAGAAUGAAUUACAGGAAAAAAAAGUGAUAGGAGAAAUGUUACCUUAUUAGAAAACUUGAACUUUGAACCUCAGUGAUUGGUGCCCUUGUAUGCAGAAGAAUUGCAUUAAGCCUUGGAAAUAAGCCAGUUUUUCCUAUGGACAAAAAUGGUAUAAUAUUGACCUCCAUACCAUCAAAAACACUACUUGUUUUACAUAUAAUACUGCAUUUAGACAAUAUAUGCAUACACACAUAUAUGUGUGUGUGUGUGUGUGUGUGUGUGUGUGUGUGUGUGUGUGUGUGUGUGUGUGUGUGUGUAUGUGUGUGUAUAUAAAUUUAUGCUGGUAACUGUGAUGUUGGAACUAGUGAAGUAUAGGACCUGCUGUUGUGUUUCUAACUGAAACAUUAAGCAAACUUCCGUAACCACUCUUCCCAUCAGGACUUAUUUAUUUGUAAAUGUCAGUCUGAGGGAACAGUAUGCUAUUCACAUUUCUGUAGUUCGUCUGUGUUGUUUUUGUCUUGUGAUGUGGCAUUACGGCUGAUAGUGGAUAAGCGAUGGUUGGAUGAUUGCACUCCGCUGCCUUUCAGUUACAUCAUUGUUCUAGUUGCAUUUGUAACAUUGGUUGCCAUUGAUUUCUAGGAUUAACAGUCCUGGCUCAUAGACACUUUGAUCUGCAGUUGGUAGAAUCAGCUGUGUCCUUCAGAAAUGGUCAAGCUGUUUGGCUCCUGUCACCAGCCUUGGCCUGUGAUUGUUUAUUCAUAAAUCGGAUACGGUUGUUCUAGACAGAAUCUUAUGUGUGAUCUGACUGGUAGUAGACUCUCUAAAAGGGUACCUCAUCAUUUAUCCUGAUUAUUCAAGAAAAGAACAUGAUAAUGCAAGUUCUCCAUUGUGAACCAGUGACGUCGGUCUUUACUGUGAUGCAGUGAUUUCCAGUCCUCUAGCUAUAGUGUCAUAUAGCGAUAUCUGUUGUUACUCUGCCUGGCACUAAGAUCUAAAUUUAACAUGUAUUUAUUUCUGUCAAGAAACCCUUUGCCUAUUUGGAUAAAUGGAAUAAUGACUAAUGUGAGCUAACUAACUAACACUUUUACAGAACUACUUGUGAUACACAGUAUCUGAACAACAUUCAGCUUGGGAUAAGCAGUUGUUCCCUUGUUGUAUGUGGUCCUCCACAUCACAAGCCACCUCCUUCACCAUGGUGACCUUUGCACUCUUACUUACCGCGAACCUGUGUCCAAUCAGCAGCUGCUUCAGCUCUCACUUGUCCAGGGCAUGAAAAGGACAGGCAAGACCAGUGUUUCUCCCCCGAUCCUCAGGGAUCCCCCAGACAGUCCAGGUAUUUGCUCCAGAAGCUAGAAGGAAGCAAAAGUUUGAACCAUCUGGGAGUCCACAAGGACCGGGUUGGGGACCACUGGUCUAGGUGUAGGUUAGUUUACCUGUAAAUAAAAGCAUGUGUACACUGGACAAAUUCAUUGUCUGAGCCCUUGUAGAGUAGUGGAAGGGCUUUUUGCUUUUCUCUUUAGUGCUUCAAUGUUUACGUCAUGCCAGACAGACCUUAAAAUAGGCAGAACCUUUUCACCUGGAAUAUAUGAGCAUCAUUUUCAAAUGUUACCAAACUGCCCUUUGUCUUUGUUCUCUUUCAUCCCAGCUGCUUCCAGGACAGAGUCAUCAGUGGCCUCAGCCUGCAUGACUGCAAUCAUGACGCGGACAAUAGUUGUAUCAGUCUUCUUCUUGUAGUGGUGACCCACAUCCGGGGUAAAUUUAUUACCUUAUUUUUAUACACAAUCUGUGUUUUCGGUUACUAAACAUUUAUUUAUGGAGUAAUUGGGAUGAAAUACCUUGUGUAAACAUAUUUUCGCCAGUGACAUAAUCCAGUGUUUCUACCAAGACUGAAAGUGUUAUUUUAAAUAUCAUUUUAAAUGCUCAAAAAAAUGUGUAAAUAUAUACAGACGCUCCACUACUUACGAACUUUCAACUUGCGAACUUACAGUCCUUUUCGUAUGUCUGAAAGUCCAAAUUGUGAUCAUUGGGCUCCCGUUUCCUGUCCGCAACAUCAGUUUUUUUUUCUGCGCGCCAAUUCCGCCUCGUACGACUUCUGGCCGCUACUCCCAGCCCUCAGCAGGGUAGCGUGCGUGUUGAAUAAUGACUUACGAACAUUUCAUGUUACGAACAGCCGUUCGGAACGUAACUCAAUCAUAGGUAGAGGAGCGUCUGUAUAAUAAUUUGGGGGGGGUUAUGAUUUGAAAGAUUCUGUUUGUGCUUUAAGUUCUCAAUAAAUCAAUUGUGAAUGUU